GAGCGGGAUGUACUUACUAACCAUCUGCUUGCAUGGCAUGGGUUAACUGAGCCUGUGGGAUUGUGCUUACCUAAACAAAACCACUGCAGUGAGGGGAAAAACAAUGAAUGGGUGGAGAUGAUCAGCCCAUGCAUUCCAGCUAGUGCAGUCCAGGCAGCAAUGACAGCCUGAAGGUUGCAGCAGCUUCGGGAUCUGCAUUCCAAGUGCACAGAUCUUACAGUCUGGAGUGAUUUUACGUGGAGCUGCUCUUUAUUUGCUGAGCCAUGGCCAGUAACCAGGCCAGCCUGCAGGAUGAUCAGAGCAGGCACUGCAAGUUCUUAUCCUAUAUGUUCUACCAGGCUGUGAGAGAUCAUAAGCCUGUGUGGAUGCUGGAAGACAUGAGAACUAUGGAGUAUUUUUACUGGGAGGAAAAUGCCAGCCUAAGAACCUACUCACCUUCAGAAGCCCUUCUCUAUGCAGUGGUGCAUAACCACCUGCCUUAUGCUCAGUAUCUGCUGUCUCAUUUUCCAGAGGAGGCUCUCAAGGUGCCUGGGGAACACUUCUGCUAUUGCCCAUCCUCUGCUCCUCACUUGGCCAUGGCGGUCACAUAUGACAGGAGAGAUAUCUUGGGGCUGAUCAUCAAAAUCGCACACAAGCUCCCCAGCUUGAACUCCUACAUCAAUAGGACUGGCUGCUUUCAUCUGGAAGAUGGGAAAACCCCCCUGCACCUUGCCUGCGAACUGCUGAGGUCAGAGACAGUCCUCAUUCUUCUCGGGAAUGGAGCUUCUCCCAGGAUAGAGGACAGUAAAGGGCUCACCCCGCUGGAUGUCAUCCUGGAGCAGAUGUGGGACUCCAAAGUCAAUGUGGCAUCAAAGAAGCUCUGCCUCGACUACCUCUUGCUCUUCAUGCCCAACCCACAGUUUAAGAUGCGGAAAGUUCUGCAGGAGCAUCCGGACCACUGGACAGCUUUGCUGGGGGAAGACAAAUUCAACAGUCUGGUGGGGAACACACCUGCUUCUUUAUAUCUGCAAGCUAUGCAAACUAUUCUCCAGACUCUUCCCCCCUCCCACUUCCCUAAAAGCAUCCAAGAACUACCUAUACCUCAGGCACUAAAGCCCUUACCAUCCUAUGGCAAAAAGCUACCGACAAAAAAUGUGGUAAAUGUUUUUCCUUGACUUUAUUCACUGGGUCUUGGAUUUUCAAAGGCAACUUAGGGGAGCUGGUCAUCCACCACCCUCUGCAUUUUAGUGUGAUUUUAGUACUUAACCUAUUACGCUAUGCUGGAAAAUCCAAUAUUUUGUGACAAGAUUUUAAAUGUCUUUUAUAAUUGAUUGCAGGCACGGCACUUUUAUAGACAAAAGCCUUCCUUGUUUUCUGUUUUGUUGUGCAUGUGAAGGGUUAACUGUAGUCGAGACUGUGUUAUGUUUGGUUUCUUAGCUGUCAGGUGGUAUCAUUGUAUCUGAAUUUCCAAUAUGAUAACUGUAUCCUGUGUAACUUACCUGGGUAAAAAGGAACUAUGUGCCCAGUGGGAUUUUCAAAUGGUGUAACUAUGGGACUGUGUUCUGCUAGAGCUGGGAGAAAUACCAUCCUGUACCAACAGGGUUCAAACACCAGGUUUCCUUUCUAACAAUGAUCUAGCAUCAUCUAGUAAUAACCAAAAAGUCUAUGGCUGAUGCUGCAGGGAUGUAGAGGCAGUCCUGCAGGGUACCUGAUUUUACUGAGUUACUUUACAGCAGGUCACAGCAUGGAGGGCAUGAGUUCAGAGAGGGGCAGUGAGUGUAUAUUCCUGGAGGGGGGGGACAGAGAGUGGCAGAAUAGCUAACAGAAAGCAUCCUGUCUCACCUGGGAGUGAGGGGGUUAAAGGCAAUCCCAGCCCUGAUGCCUCUAUAGACUUGUGCAAUGGGGAAGGAACCAUUUUCCCCGCUGUCCAGUAAACACAUGGUAAUCAGAGCAGGGCCAGUGGAAGCCCUGUCCUUCAUAAGUGACAUUAUUUCUCCCUGACUUGUGUUUUAAUGCUGAAUGUAUCUCCACAGGAGACGUAGCUCAGUAACGUGAUUUCCCAGUGGGUCUCAGAGCCACAGGCAUUUGCUAGGUAUCCUAAGCUGGAGUAUGAUGUUCUGCUGUUAAAAGUUGUCACUGGUUGUCAUUUAGAGUAUUUUUGCCACCCGGGUCCAGACAGAGGGCCUGAUCCUGGAAAAUACCAAAAGUUCCCAUUGACUCCCCUGGGCACUGCAGACAGGGUGUGUUUGCAGAAAGCAGGGCUGGGGCUGCUCUGCUUUCUGGGCAGCUCUGCACCUUGCUGCCCAGGCAGACCCCUGUCUGUUCAAGGCACUGGUCCUGCUCUCCUGGCCGUGCUUAGCACCAAUGGAGCAGUGGCAGGAUCCCAGCUCCCUCUGGGGACAUCCCUUAUCUUGGACGCCAACGUUCUCCUCUCUUUGUAAGUGCAACCCUUUGCUCUGCCGAAGCAGCGUAACCCAUUUCCCCAGAUCCGUACUGAACAGCAGUGAAGAAAUCAUUCAUCUCUUUAAAUAAAUUUGGAGCCAAAGGCAGUGGGGCACAAACCCCUUUUGGCAAGGCUCUGGCUAAGAAAGGAUGUGCGUUCACGUCUCAAUUGCUCCAUGCAAAAAUGGCUCAUGUCUCAUCUGGCUAAUUCCCUGCAUGUGCCAAGGCGGCUGUGCUGGAGCUGCACCCUUUUUUCCAUUAGCACAGGGAGCACUUUUGCUCAGUUUCCCUGGGCACGGGGCACCUGCCGUGUGCCAGGACACCGGCGAUGCCAGCCACAGCCAGGUGGAGAUUUCCUGCAGGGCACAGCCAACUGGAACAUCCUUUUGGAGACACCGGGAUGCUCCUCCUGGACACCCCUUCCCGCGUGCCGUGGAAGCACCUCAGCGCCGGUGCUGCUAAGUGAAAGCACAGGCUUGCUUGUGAGAUGGCGAAAAUGUCAGCCCAGCCCUAGAAGUGGGGAGCAGGCUGCAAAGGGGUUAACCCUGCUCCCGAAAUCCCACAUCUCUGGUGCAGCAGUGUCCUUCCUCCCCAGCCCCUGGGCACUUGCACGUCUUUCCCCAUCUGUGUCUAUUCUUCCUUGUGCGAUAGGGGAGGGUGCAGGCAGUGGCGGAGAAAUUCAGGGUCAAUCUUGGGUGAGGGUUUUGCGGCGAGGCUGCUGGCUUGGCAGCUUCUGCGGCAGGCAGAGGCUGUCACAGUUUGGGAAGCAAAGCAGAGCCCAAGGCAGAUUUGCAUUAUAAGCGGUGUCUGAGCUGCUUCUGCCAAGCCCUGCGGGCUCCCCAGCCCUGACAGCCCCCAGAAAACCGGAGCUGGAAGCAGAGCACGAAGCAGGUGCUCGCUGCCCAAGGCUGAGGAAAGCAACUAGGCAGAGCACAGCCCCUGUGGCACCCCAGGAGUCCGGAGCAGCAGGAUUGGGUUUGUCCCCAGCAGCAAUGCGGUAUCUCAUCCGGAUGUCGGUGGGCGAGAGGCGGAGGAGGCUGGUGGUGGAUAUUAUUAGAAUAGUAAUUAGGCCCCAGGAGCCAAGAUCCCAGGGAAGGAGGGAAGGGAAAUCAUCAACUGUUACUGCACCGGCUUGAAACCAUGAGAGUUUUGGUGCUAUAAAGAGUUUCAGAAAAGACAGGAGGGAGGGGAAGGCUGUUCGACUUACAAACCAAAGGAAGCAGGUAUGGAUUCUUGGUAUUAAUGAGGUAGCACUUUCUAGUAAGGCAGGGGGCUGUACCCAGAGAGCCAGAGCAACCCGCUGGGAGCAAGUGGGUCUAAAAUGGUGCAGGGAUCUCUUGUUGACUGUAAUAGUUGUGCAUCAUUGCAAAGGUCAGGGUUCAGGCACUUCAGGCUUUAAUGGGUGGAUUUGUAGCAGGCAGCAAGUUGCUUGUGUGUACGCAUUCAUCCGUGUGGGAGGCUACCCUCUAUCCACUGGCCCAGACAGAGGAUAAGAAAUGGAUUUUCAGCAACUGCUCAAGAAACUCAAAUUCUGGGGCACAUCUGCAUCUGGUACCACAGCCUGGAAGAAAGCUGCUGGCCCGUUGUUGGCCAACAUGCAAAAACUCUAGUGUGCUCAGCCCAGUGCGCAACAGGCAGCUACUGGAAAGAUCACUCCACAGCCCUCUCAUUCCUCCUUUUCCUGACCAUUUUAACAAAAGAUCAAGCACCAGCUGGCCCUCAGCUACUGAUCUACCAUCAGACCUCCAUGUGCGGUCCCGAUGGGCCAGAGUUUAGAGCCAUUAGCGUUCUGGUGACAACUCUUUCCAUCGCCUGUAGCGAUACGAGUGCAGGAUGAGGUGUCCUGCUGGAAUGGAGGAUUCUUCUCCCUAAACCUGGUUUGCUUAUCUUGUGGUGACCUGCCUGUUAGUUUGAGUUCCCGUUUGUCUUCCUGCUCAGUACAGUGACAUUACAUCAGAUAUGGCCAAAUCUACCUCAGCCCCAUCUGUGUUGAUUUUUUUCUCCAUUUUUUCUAAACCAGGUCAUUAGCAAAAGUAAACUCAAAAUAUUUUCCACACUUUGUGCAACCUGACAGUCCGUAGUCUUAAAAAAUCCCUAUGCUUGCAUGACAAAUAUGUUAGUGACAUUGUUAAUCAAAAAGGGUGCUAGGUGCUGUGUAGUGAUGUUUACAUUUUGCUUAUAUGUAUACUGAGUAAGUGUAGCUAAGAUCUGUAUUUCUGAACUUAGGAAAAAGAAUAAAACCAAGAGAGAAAGAGGGGAGGGCAAAGUCUUUGCUAAUCUUUGGAUUACAGGUUGGCUCUGCAGGUUACAUCUUUUUAAUUUCAAUUUUGAGGAGUAGCAUGGUAAGGAUCUGAGUUCCGUGUGUAUGUGUGUGACUUCAUUUCGGAUGAGUAUCACUUCAGUGAGCACUGCGAGUGACUUGGGGGGGCGUGGUAAACGUGUGUGUGUGUAAACGUGUGUGGGUGCAUGCGUGCACAUGUAUGCCUGUUCCUCUGUCUGCCCUCUCCUGGUAAAACUCAUAACUGACUUACAAUACUUAACCCACUUCAGUACUUGUACACAUCAGUGAUCAAUGCCUUAAGAAAGCAGCCUUUUCACAAGAUAAGUGUGUGUCCCGAGCUCUGUGAUGCUAACAGGUAAGGACAUUUCUUCUUCUCUUGUAGAGAGGCAGCAGCUUUGCUCUUGAAAUGGGUGUUUUAACCCUGAACACCAAGCACAAGGGCUUCUGCUCGCCAACAGCCACAAUCAUCCAGCAAAGGAUUUGCGAUAGUGGCCACAUUUUAUUCUCGAAUCCAUUUUUUUUUUAAAUAAAAUCUAUUGAACAUACAUCUUUGUCUUUCUUUUAUCUGGGCUGCCAGCAAAAUUCAGCCACCUGUGACUUCCUAACCCUAUGCUUCUGUCUAUUUCUGCAGCACCAUUAGCAGGAAGGACAGGCCAGAUUCUGACCUCAGUUACACCUCUUUACACCUGAAGUAACACUUUUUAAGUCAAUUGCAUCACUCCCAAUGUUUGUUGGUCUAAAGGAAAGCAGAAACUGUUUGUGCACUUACAUUCUUCAAGGCUCCAUAACUCUGACUUCAGCAUAUAAAUAAAUGUGAUGCUUAAUCCCACUUAAUGUUAAAAGAAAAUAUUCUUUACAUUUUUCGUACUUUGAAUGUAUAUAGAUAUAUAUUUUCCAUCUCUCUAACACUGGUAGGCACUUCCCUGUUUCCAGUUUCCUUGGCUUUUUUGGAAUCAGCAUGACAGUGACAGAUGCUGUUGUUCACUGAUUAAGACCGAACGUUGCCAUGCCCAAGUACAAGUGAAUGUUCAUUGUAUGAUACGACUUUCUUAUAAAGCCAUACUUUUGUAAUUUUGGUUUCUCUUUUUUAGGGAAAAAAAAAUCUUCCAUAUAAUUGUGUUUGUACAUUACUCGCUGCAUGAUUAAAGAUAAAAAGAUUGUAAUGUGCUGGAAAUAAAAUAUAUAUACACACCCAGAUAUAAGUAGGUAUAUUAGCUGUGAAAAUCAUUUAUUCUGAUUGUAUUACUAUAAUAAACUUGCAGUAUAAA